UGCGGGCACCGCGUGAGCAGAGCUGCUUCCCUGCAGUGCCGCUGCAGCCGGGUGGGAGCCUGCCGCGUGGUGUUCUUAACGCGCUGGGGAAUAUCAUCACGUACCUGGAUUGCAGCGCAAAAUGGCCCAAGAGAAGCUUACGUCAGCAUUCAUUACCUCCCAGCUCCUCCCAAUGUGUAGUAAGAAGUCACCAGACUAUUGAGUGACUUGAAGUUUCAGAAGACAUUCAUGAAGAACAGAUUGUAAGCUCUUUAUAUUACAUGUAACAUACAUGUAAGCUCUUUGUUAAAUUCACAUUAUGUUUCUUCCACGCUGUAUGUUUGAGGUUCUGUGUUAUUUGUGAGGUCUCUGGACGAGCUGUGGGGCGGCACACGCAUUGGCACAGGGUCUGUCAUGGCUGUGCCAGUGCCCCCAGCAUUCCUGCAGCAGGGUCCUGUGCUCCUCGCCCACCCUGAGGACAGGGAGCCUGCUGGGAGAGGAGGGGGAGCCCCUGGGGCUCAGGCUGCAUCACGCUCGAAGGUUUGAGCUGCUUUGGGAGUGAGGAGGGUUUGCUUUGCUCUGUGUGCUGGAUGCGUGUCCAGCACACUGGUGCUAAAGCAGAGCUCUCUCCUGUUUGGUUCAUCAGCAAUAGUGUUUGCACCCCUACUGGUCACUAGCACCUGUUUUGGACUCCUCAAGUAGUCUGGCUGUUCAUGUGACAUUAUUAUUAUUUACUUAGGGCCCAGACUUGCUCUUUUUUAUUGCCUGCAGCACGAUGUUUGUUCAGACUGGGCAUUGUGAAGUGUAAACCCAAUUCCACUGGCACCAGUACUCACCUCUGCCUUUUCUAGAAGCAGAGCAGUCCAUGAUGCCUGAGGUGCGAGACCUCUCGGACGCCUUGCCCGAGCUGCCCAUGGAUCCCAUCACCGGCGUGGGCGUGCUGGCGUCCCGCAGCCGAGCACCCACUGGAUAUGACGUUGUUGCACAAACAGCAGAUGGCUUGGAUGCUGACCUGUGGAAAGAUGGCUUGUUUAAAUCCAAGGUCACACGGUACCUGUGCUUCACCAGAUCAUUUUCGAAAGAGAAUAGUCAUUUAGGCAACGUCUUGGUUGACAUGAAGCUCAUUGAUAUCAAGGACACCUUACCUGUAGGCUUCAUGCCCAUCCAGGAGACCAUUGAUACACAAGAAGUAGCUUUCAGAAAGAAGAGGCUGUGCAUUAAAUUCAUCCCUCGAGAUUCCACAGAGGCGGCGAUCUGCGAUAUCCGAAUCCUGGGGAGGUCCAAGCAAGCCCCUCCUCAGUACACGUUCAUUGGGGAGCUGAACAGCAUGGGCAUCUGGUACCGCAUGGGCAGAGUGCCGCGCAACCACGACUCCGCGCAGCCCGCGGCUCCUCCCGCCCCGGCGCCGGCCCCAGCGCCCGCUCCCAGCCUGCCCAGGCACAUCUCGCUGACGCUGCCGGCCAGCUUUCGGGGCAAGAGCCACAGCAGCCGCCUGGACCUGGAGCACCAGCACUCCAACCUGUACGCCAUCUCAGCAAUGGAUGGAGUGCCUUUUAUGAUUUCGGAGAAAUUUGCCUGUGCUCCUGAAGGGAUGCAGCCGGUUGAUCUCUUGGGUAUCACAAUCAAAACCCUUGCAGAAAUUGAAAAGGAGUACGACUACAGCUUCCGGACGGAGCAGAGCGCGGCAGCCCGCCUGCCGCCCAGCCCCACCCGCUGCCCGCCGGUGCCGCCGUCCUGAGGGCCGCGGCCGGAGCGUGUGUGCGUGCAUACUACUGAGCAGGACACGGGACACAGCCCCGGAACCAUCCCGCGCCUCCCCGUGUCCAGCCACGCCGCGCUGCACCGCCCUGCACACACCGCUCCACCGCGGGCACCUGGGCAGCCGCCCCCACCCCGCCGCACACCCCUCUCCACGUGAGUACAGGACUGAGGACUGGGAGCCUGAGGCAGCACCUUGCUCAUCCCCACUUUGUAACCCUGCUGCAGGACAGUCACAGAAUCCAGAGCUGUAGCAAACCUCUGCGAACACAGCCGGGAGCUUGCGGAGCAUGGAGAGAUCUUACCCCUGAAAGGAGCAAUGGAAGGCAUGGCUGGGUACUGCCACACAAGCUGCUGUGGAGCUGCUUGGCGCUCCACACCUUGCAGCAGGAGGCUCCUGCAGCACCCAGGCCAGUGCAGAACCCAGCUGCAGUGAAUGCCAAUCCCUCUGCCACGGUCUGGGCACAAAAGUUCUGCUGUGGCUGGGAUCGGUCUCAGAUCCACUGUGGUCACUGGAUUUGCCUAGGCUGGGGGAGCCAGGGCCCCUGGCUCUCCCUGGGCGCUGGCCGGGCAGGCAGGGUGCCCAAGGUGCACUGCAGGUCCUGAGAUGAAGCACCUUCGCUUUGCACAGGGUGUCCGUGUGUCCAUACGGAUCUAGGGCAGCAAGCCUCCUGUGUUUCUGGAUGGAUGGAUGGAUGCUGGCAGCGACACCCUGGCGGACGCCAGCCAAGCUGCCUGUGGACCUGCUGACAGCAGGGAUGCCAUCACCUGCCCAUCAUUGAGACAGUUCUCUAACGUGUUCCCUGCUAGCUGCUAAAACAAAAGAGAUGUGCCUGUUUCCUGGGCACUCAUGGGGAAGCACUGAAGACUGACAUGGCGCAGGAUGAGAGCGGGAUGCAUUAAACCCUGACCUCUGCCUCCCUGUGAUCGCUGACCGGGCUUGCUCCCAAGCCAAACGCAUGUCUUGGAGAAGUCCAUUGCUGUAAUAAGUUAUUUACAAGUGCCCAUCUGACUCUGUGCUGCUCUUUCAAGUCUCUGCUGUAGAACAAACAUACAUCAUGGCAGCAAAAUGGCAAUUUUGGAGUAAGAGUUAAAAUGUACAAUUUUUUGUAUUGUAAAAUACUGAUUCCCUGACCCCACUGAAAUGCAAUUGCCAUGGUAACAGGAACAGUGCUGUUGCUCUCAGCCUGGGUCGUACAUGUGCCCCAACCUACUUUGCACUCCCUUGGAUUGAUCUGGCAUUUGCUAGUUGCACAGAGUGGUAACUAACAGCAGUAUUUGUACUGUCAGCUAAUAUUUUUUAUUUGUACAUAAGUAAAAUAAUUCUUGUCCAAAGAUUCAUCUCUGGUUUUAAGGCACCACACUGUACUGCUGGGAUGAAGAGCACAAAAUACAUUUGGGACAAACUGAGUCCAGAUCUUUGCUUCAGCUUCUUCUGAUCAGGUAAAUAAUUUUCUGGAGCUAUGUCUGUAGAGUGGCCAUGUGGUUGGAGAGCAGAGGCCGAUUUGGUUGCAUGUGCAUUAUUCCUGGGCAAAAGAGUUAAAGCUGUGCACCAGCUCUGGAGCCCUCGGGUGACCCCCUGGAAGUGCUCGUUUACUUGGAGCUUGCACCACCAUUUUUAGUUGUUAUUUAUCCUGCAGUAAAGAAAAGCCAGACCUCACUGCCAGGCUUCACAAAGGCCAGAUUGAUGAUGCCGACGUUGACAAAUGAACAUACCAUGGCAGCUUGGUCAUUCGGCUCAGGUUCACUUCAAGUUCAAAUCCACUCUGUGCCGUAGUGCUGUGCCCAUCUCAUCCAUCUUUUGUCUUUCUAUUUUUCUGCUUGUAAUUUGUUCUGUAGUUUUCUGUGACAUCCGUUUAUAGCUUCUCCUGUGGCUCAGUGGUCACGGCAGGUAGGCAGGAGCCAUCUGCAGCAGUGCAUUGCCCAUAGCUCUGGGAUGAGAGCUGACCUUCCCUGCUCCUGGUGGAGGAACGAGGGCUGCACGGGGCGCAGCACAGUCUGCAGAGCUCCAGGGCAGUGCCUGCCACUGGGAGAUUGAGAGGCAGCUGCCAGGAGCCCGUCCUGGAGCCACCUCUUCCCAGGAGGGCAGGGCUGCCUGCAUAGCGAACAGGGGCUCAGCAAGGAGCAGGUUCUGAGAGCCACGAGCCCCACACUCGGUGCCACACUCCCUGGGUUCAUCUGGGAAAAUGGGUGCAGAGCUCCAAGUCCCUUUUGUAAGAGAAAAUCAGUGCUUUAGAACUUAUACCAACUGCUAGGUUUGCUCAGCUUGCUCUGCAGUGACCCACAGGAAACACUGGAUACUCGAAACACUGGCAGGAUACGCGGCUGGGACAGGCCUCUACAUCUUCAGGAUAUAUUUGUAUACUUACUUCUCCCUCUCUAACACUGGGCCAGCAAAGCUCCUUCAGGAUUCACCUGCAAGGAGCCUUGAGAGGUGAGCUUGCUCUCCAUGGUGUGGUCCUGCACCACGGCGCUGCGGGGACAGCCUGGUUCAAAUGCACAGACAGGACAGAUGCAGUUCCUGUGGGGCAAACACAAUGAAGGUGUUCUGAACAAAAAGCUGCACCUGCUGAGAGCCAGCUGAGCUCUCAGGCUCCAAAACUAGGCAGUUCCAAAAGGGAGAGGGCUCAGAGCCAGUGCUUGGAAGCACAGUGAGACACCAUGCAGGGUGGUUGACUGUGUCAACUUCUCAGUCCACUGAUCAGAGGAAGCUUUUUUUAUUGCACUGCUGAAUUCCUGAGACCAGGGCUGUCAGGUCAGCAUUUCCACUGGAAGGUUUUAUUGGCUGCUCCAUGACUUUAGUACUCACGGCAGCUCAUUGCAAGGCUGGUCCUUGCAUCCUUACAGUGAGCGCUCCAUGCUGGCAUGUGCCAUGGCCAGUACCUGCAUCUCUGCAUCUCCCUCCCUGUCCGAGCGGUGACUGUGGAAGAAUUGGCCCAGGCAAUAAACGUCCAGGGUGUCUGAUGUGGAUGUUGUCUGGCUGAGGAGAAGCCUUCUGCAGCAUAAGGGGAGGGGAGGAGUCAGUGGAAAGCAACAGAAGCGAAUUUGCAGAGCUUUACCAGAUGUUCUUGGCUAUCUUGUCUGAAUUUGUAGAACAAAACUGGUCUCUAGGUAGUUUAAUCUUGUGGCU